AUGAAUAUCGUUCACUAUGUCUUGGUGAUUAUACUAUAUAAUCUUCUGUGCAUUAUUAAUCAAAUUCACCCGUUAGAUACAACUGAUAAACUUCAAAAUGAUCAAGUGAAUGCUAAUCCUUUUCUUAUUGAAGUAUCUUGGACUACACAUGACUAUGAUCUUCAUACUAUUCCAACUUUACAAGUUGUAGCCAAUCCUCUUUUAGCUCGACAAUUUUCACCUAUCUACAAACAAAUUUUUGCUAAUUUGAAACAACUCAACGCUGAAUAUACUCGAUAUGCUGUUUGGUUUGCUUAUCCAAAAUUAGCUGUUGCUGAACUUGAUCCUCCAUCAGGUUUAUAUCAAUGUGGUAAUGUUGGCGAGAACUUUUCAAUAAAUUUAUCAUGUGAACAAAAUGGUGGAGUAAUAAGUAAAGUCGAUUUUGCAUCAUAUGGAACAUCAAGUGGUGCAUGUGGUCAAAUAAAACAAGGAACAUGUCAUGCAGAAAAUAGUUCAGAAAUCGUUCAACGAGUGUGUAUCGGACAAAAAACAUGUAGUGUUCCAGCAACGAAUGAUCUCUUUGGUGAUCCAUGUAAGUUUUUUAAUGGAGGAAUUAAGAAUCUUUUCCCUAGAGAAAAUAACAUUACGUAAGUGUCUAUGAAAUAAUCAAAUCCAAUUUUUGUGAUACAGUCAA